AUGCCCGUACAGAUUUUUUUGCAAAUAUCGAGGUCAGCUUUUGGUGAGCUCGUGAAGGUUGAGUGCCAAGACUUCGGUUUGAAGGUUAACUUCAAGAAGCAACGCAUUGCUUUCAAGUACUUUACGGGACUUCCGGAUAAUAUCCGUCCUCUAGUUCAGCACGUUCAUCAACGUAGGCGUACCAGUGGUGUCAAAUCUAAGGAUCUCCAUCCAGUCGAACUGUGCAACUUGGAGUACCUCCCAGAGAGAAGAGCUGCAAUUGUUCCCCACGUUGACGACACCUGGCUACGGGGUGAGCGUCUCAUUUCAUUGAAUUUAGCUUCUGCUGCGAACAUGACCUUCACGUCCCCCGCAUUCGGCCCUUGA